GGGGGGGUCGUGGAAGGGGGGAAGGAAGAAAAAUAUAUACCUGACCGCCCCCCCAAGCCUCCCCUUCCCGCUUUCCGGCCGUCCCCCUCCGCCCGGCGCAGCCCGCGGAGCCCCCUUCGGCUCUACCCAGCCCAGGCUGGGGGCCCGGGGGCGGCAGCGGGUCCCGACCGGCUCCCGGGCCGAGCCGAGCCCAGCCAAGCCGCACUGGCUUCUUUGUCUGCGGGCGGCGGCCGCCCUGGCCCCGGCCCCGGCCCCCUGGCCCGGGCUGUGAGAUGAAUCUCUAAUCGGUGGCCGCCGGGCACCCGGGACGAAGGCGGCUCGGGCUCGGGCUCCGGAUGCACUAGGUGUGGGCAGGCCCCCAGCACACCCUGACAAGUGACCAUGGAUCCUGAAGCCGGGCCAGAGUCAUCUCUGACUGUCAAUGAGCAGGUCAUCGUGAUGUCAGGCCAUGAGACCAUCCGAGUGCUGGAAGUUGGAGUGGAUGCCCAGCUCCCCGCUGAGGAUGUGGGCAAAGGACUGGAGGGUGUGGCCACCGAGGGCUCCCAGAGUGGAGGCCCUGCUGAAGCCAGCGAAGCCGCCGGUGAAGCUGGGCCGGACAACCCAGACUCCUCUGCAGAGGCAACUGUGAAGUCACUCCCGGGGAUCCCUCCAAGCCCUGCCCCGGCCAUUGCCACCUUCAGCCAAGCCCCGAGCCAGCCUCAGGCAUCGCAGACCCUGACACCACUGGCUGUGCAAGCUGCCCCCCAGGUCUUGACUCAGGAAAACUUAGCCACAGUUCUGACAGGAGUUAUGGUUCCAGCAGGGGCAGUUACUCAACCUCUUCUUAUCCCCAUCAGUAUUGCAGGUCAAGUGGCUGGUCAGCAGGGGCUGGCCGUGUGGACAAUUCCUACAGCAACCGUGGCUGCCCUCCCAGGACUGACCGCUGCUUCUCCUACGGGGGGAAUUUUCAAGCCACCUUUAGCUGGUCUCCAAGCAGCUGCCGUGCUGAACACCGCUCUCCCGGCACCCGUACAAGCUGCCCCACCAGUACAGGCCUCCUCGCCGGCCCAAUCCCGGCCACCAGGCCAGCCCCAGACGCUGUUCCAGACCCAGCCGCUGCUGCAGACCACACCUGCCAUCCUACCGCAGCCCACUGCUGCCACCGCUGCUGCUCCCACCCCCAAGCCAGUGGAUACCCCCCCACAGAUCACCGUCCAGCCUGCAGGCUUCGCGUUUAGCCCAGGAAUCAUCAGUGCUGCUUCCCUCGGGGGACAGACCCAGAUCCUGGGCUCCCUCACCACAACUCCGGUCAUUACCAACGCCAUUCCCAGCAUGCCGGGGCUCAGCAGCCAGAUCCUCACCAAUGCUCAGGGACAGGUUAUUGGAACACUUCCGUGGGUAGUGAACUCAGCUAGCGUGGCGGCCCCAGCACCAGCCCAAAGCCUGCAGGUCCAGGCUGUGACCCCCCAACUGUUGUUGAACGCCCAGGGCCAGGUGAUUGCGACCCUGGCCAGCAGCCCCCUGCCUCCACCCGUGGCUGUCCGGAAGCCAAGCACGCCUGAGUCUCCCGCUAAGAGUGAGGUGCAGCCCAUCCAGCCCACAUCAGCUGUGCCCCAGCCUACUGUGGUCAUUGCCAGCCCAGCUCCGGCAGCCAAGCCAUCUGCCUCUGCUCCCAUCCCAAUCACCUGCUCAGAGACCCCCACUGUCAGCCAGUUGGUGUCCAAGCCACAUACUCCAAGUCUGGAUGAGGAUGGGAUCAACUUAGAAGAGAUCCGGGAGUUUGCCAAGAACUUUAAGAUCCGGCGGCUCUCCCUGGGCCUUACACAGACCCAGGUGGGUCAGGCUCUGACUGCGACAGAAGGUCCAGCCUACAGCCAGUCAGCCAUCUGCCGGUUUGAGAAGCUGGACAUCACACCCAAGAGUGCCCAGAAGCUGAAGCCAGUGCUGGAGAAGUGGUUGAAUGAGGCCGAACUCCGGAACCAGGAAGGCCAGCAGAACCUGAUGGAGUUUGUGGGAGGUGAGCCCUCCAAGAAACGCAAACGCCGCACCUCCUUCACCCCGCAGGCUAUAGAGGCUCUCAAUGCCUACUUUGAGAAGAACCCACUGCCCACAGGCCAGGAGAUCACUGAGAUUGCUAAGGAGCUCAACUAUGACCGGGAGGUUGUGCGGGUCUGGUUCUGCAAUCGGCGCCAGACGCUCAAGAACACCAGCAAGCUGAACGUCUUUCAGAUCCCUUAGGGCUCAGCCCCCAGCCCUGUGUUCCAGCACUUUGUACUUUUCCCUUGGCUCCCGGCUGCAGCCACUGCCAUGACAACAUGUGCAGCCGCGCUCGCCCUAGGUCAUGAGACUCCGCUGUGUGCAUGUGCGUCAAUGCCUCCCUCUUCUCCCACACAUAUCUCACAUCAUGGGGAGGCCUGAGGAGCCCACGUGAGAGCUCCAGGCUCUGGGCUGGCCAUGCUGAAGAAGGAUUUGUGAUAUCACUUAGACAAGCACUUUGCUAACAUGGUUUCUGAAGGGUGAAUUCCCCGGCUUUGGGGUAGGGCCGUAGCAGCUCCUAAGGCCAUUAGCUCUUGCUUUUGAUGGCAUUCCCUUUCCGCUGCUCCUCUUCUCCUUUGUUCCUCUGUGUUAGUGUGGCAGGUAUGACACUUCAUCCAGUGGAGCCACAGCCUCCUGCUGCCCCUCCCCCACCCUUUGCCUGCAGGCACACUGUCCCCCUGAAAGGACCCAGGAGAUAAAAUUCAGAAAAGUGCUGUGCUGCUUAGAAGGUCAGACUCAAUGUCUGCCUUGACCUCAAGGUCAGAAGGGUCCCAUAGCUCUGGGGCCAGAACGUGUAGUCUUCUCUCCCACCUCUCCCUGGUUCCUUUGAGGGAACAGUUGCACUGAAACAGAACCUGUUCUUUUGUAAUCCACGUUGGAAGGAAGCAACAGUGAACUCUACCUGUCCUGGACUUGUCCUGGGUGUGCUGCAGGUUGGGAAUUUAAAAAAUAAGGCCAUUUUCCCUGAUUUUAAUCUAAUCUGUGUCCAUAGCCAUCCCUCCCACAAAAAGAGUGUGGGUUAAGGGAAUUUGCAGCCUGGAAAAUCCCACUACAAGCAGGCAGCUCUGGAGAAAAAUAAGGAAUGCUGACUUUCUCUUUCUCUUGUCCCCAGAACCACCCCCAACCCAGUACUGGGGCCUUCUCAAAAGAAGCAAAUUAAACAAUAAACCAGCCGGGCGCGGUGGCUCAUGCCUGUAAUCCUAGCUCUGGGAGGCCGAGGCGGGUGGAUC